AUGAAAUAUUCCACUUCGCCGCCGACAAGUCGGUCUCAAUCGCCCGUUCCGACAGAAUUUUCGUCGUCGUUGCCGAUGCCGGCCGUUUAUAGGCACAAUUGCAUGGGCGCAGCAACUAAAUGCUACAAAUAUCUGAGAAAACUACUGAUGUUUGACCAAAUGGACUUUGAGUUUGCCAUCUGGCAGAUGAUCUUUCUGUUUAUAGCACCACAGAAAGUAUACAGAAACUUCCGAAACAGAAAGCAAACAAAAUCGCAAUUUGCAAGAGAUGACCCUGCAUUUUUAGUGCUGGUCACAUGUUGUCUCUGUGUAUCUACUAUCAUUUGUGGUAUAGUACUGAGUUUAGGAUUUUUCCAAUUUGUAAAGUUGUUAUUUUAUUUCAUCUUUAUUGAUUACUUAGCCAUUGGGUUGUUAAUAACAACAAUAUUUUGGUUUAUCACCAAUCGGUAUCUCAGGAUAGACAGAACGCAGGACGUCGAGUGGGGCUACGCAUUUGACAUCCAUUUGAAUGCAGUAAUUCCUGCAAUAAUCAUACUUCAUAUCUUACUACUAUGUCUAUAUAAUCCUUUGAUAAACAAUGAUACGUUUUUAGCGAGGUUUCUUGGAAAUACUUUUUGGUUCAUAGCUAAUAGUUACUACAUUUACAUUACAUUUCUUGGCUACGCAAAUAUCGAAAUACUUCAUAAAACCGAUUUGAUAUUAUCCACUGCUGUACCCAUAUUAGUAUUGAUAUAUAUCACUGCAUUAUGCGCUGGUAUCAACAUUGGUUAUUUAAUUAUAGAAUUCUAUCAUUACCGGGCCCUGUGAAAUAUUUUUAUUAAAUUCAUGUAUGGAGAUUUUUUGAAAUAACAACCUAGGUGUAUAGAAACC